AUGCUGAAGACUCUCGCCUCCGUUGUUCUGCUGAGCACAUCAGUCGCUAUCGCAGCACCAUGGGGUGGAAGCCAGCAGUUUGGUGGCAAGCCACACCCACCGCCAGGCUUUUUUCCCAGUCAUGGUGACCAUGGCAAAUUCGGCGGUCACGGAUACGGAUCUGGAAAUGGAUCAGGACAGGUGCCAUUCACAUUCCCUCUGGCCAACGGGUUCCCAAAUAUCAAGAACCCAAGUCCCGCUCUCACACAGAUUGAAAAGCAAGCACACGGCACACUCCCCAACACUCCGCUGUCACCCACUCUCCAAACCGGCGACAACACCAUCUUCGAGCUGAUCGCCUUCAAUGAGCUCUUCGAAGUCGCCUUCUUCACCAGCUUAAUCAACAACAUCACCCAAGGCGUAGAGGGCUUCGAAAUCGGCAGCCCUGUUGUCAAGAACUUCGUCCUCAAUGCCCUCAUCACCGUCCAAGCACAAGAAGAACUGCACGCACUCGGCGCCAACGGCAUCCUCACAGCGGCCGGCGAGACACCCAUCCAGCCCUGCGAAUACAUUUUCCCGAGCGCGGACUUCGAUUCCGCCAUCGGCUUCGCCCGCACCUUCACCGACGUCGUCCUAGGCACUCUACAAGACGCACUUGCCGGCCUGGCAGCGAACGGCGACGAGGAAUACAUCCCCCUCAUCGGCUCCAUCAUCGGCCAAGAAGGCGAGCAAAACGGCUACUACCGCUCCCUCCUCGACCUCGUGCCCUCCGAGCUGCCCUUCCUCACAAGAUCGAAAGCUCAGUUCGCCUUCUCCGUGCUCAACCAGGACGUCGUGGUCCCCGGCUCCUGCCCGAACUCCAACAUCAUCGAUCUGCCCAUCUUCGGCGCUCUGAAGGUGCUCGCGGAAAACAUCAAAGGCAAAGACCAGCAGCUCGAGUUCUCGUUCACCAAUAACGGGACCGACACCGACUCGAUCAGUCUUGUGUAUAUCAACCAGCAGAACUUGCCGAUUGUGGAGAAGCCGACCAUCAUUUCAGAGAAGGACGGUGUAGUGACGUUCGAGGCGUUCUUCCCGUUCUCGAAGUUCAUUAUGAACGGGCUGACUAUUGCUGUUGUUACGAACGAUAGUGGUCCUUUCGAUACGGUGGAUGAGGUUGCGGAUGCGACGUUGUUUGGGCCUGGGCUGAUUGAGGUUAACUGA